AUGCGAGGAGCGGACUGUGACUCUGACCACUAUUUGGUUAAGGUAAACAUUAAAGCAAGACUGAAGGUAAGGGUGGCAACAAGAGUAACGAUUAUUGACAGAUAUGAUAUAACUAAGUUCACAGAUGAAGUUUGCCAAAAACGUUUUAAAAGUGAGAUACACAAACGCAGCAGGGAAUUAGAUAUAGCUAGUAUAGGCUCAACAAAUAAUAUGUGGAGGAGAGUACAGGACACAAUAAAAGAAACAUCAGCUGAAGUCCUGGGCAAACCAAAAAACACCAAAAAACCUUGGUUCAAUGAGAGGUGAGAGAAAGCCCUAAAUCAAAGGAAAAAAUUUAGAAACUUGUACCUUAAUGAUCCUUCCCAUGAAGAAAACAAAACGAAAUAUAAUGAAAGCAGAAAAGAAGCAAGUCGAAUCUUUAAGUAUGAAAAAAGAGUCUAUACGCAAAACAUUUUUAAAGAAGCAGGAAAAUAUCACAAUGAACAUAACACACACCAAUUAUACAAAAAAACCAAUACAUUAAUGGGAGGUUACAAAAAAUAUGAAAAGUUCCUAGUAAAGGAAGAUGGANCUCUGACCACUAUUUGGUUAAGGUAAACAUUAAAGCAAGACUGAAGGUAAGGGUGGCAACAAGAGUAACGAUUAUUGACAGAUAUGAUACUAUACGAAAAACAUUUUGGAAGAAACAGGAAAAUAUCACAAUGAACAUAACACACACCAAUUAUACAAAAAAAUCAAUAUACUAAGGGGAGGUUACAAAAUAUAUGAAAAGUUCCUAGUAAAGGAAGAUGGAACACUAAUUACUGCCCGAUCAGACCUUGUAGAGAGAUUCAAACAUCUUCUUAACUGCAACGACCCCAUAGAAACCUUUACUUGGACAAGGAUAGAACCCAACCUAAACGAAUGUACAACAUCCUCAAAACAAGAAGUUGAACUACAAAUAAGGCGACUGAAGAACUAUAAAUCGCCUGGUGAGGACGGUAUACAAGGUGGGAUUAUGAAAAUGCUGGACGAAGUUUCAUUAACACAUAUACAUAGGUUACUAACCAAUAUUUGGGAGAAGGAAGAACUACCGGAAGGUUGGANGCAUACGAUUCCGUCCACCGACAUAGCCUUAUAAACAUAUUAAAAGUGUUUGAGUUACCAAAUAAACUAAUAAAAUUAAUUGAGGCCACUCUGCAAAAUACAGAAAUCAAAAUAAAGGUAGCAUCGGAAUUGCCAGAGCCAGCAACGGUAAGGACAGGCCUAAGACAAGGGGAUGCGCUAUCACCAAUAUUGUUCAACCUUAUAUUAGAAAAGUUAAUCAGAGAAACGAAUUGUAUUGGGAAACUUGAACAUAAAUAUAUUGGCUUAUGCGGACGGUAUAUCGAUAUUAGGAGAAACUGAAGAAACGGUUAAACAAGUAUGCAGGAAACUCAUCAUGAUGGCUAGUAAGGUCGGACUGGAGAUAAACGACGAGAAAACAGAGUACAUGAUAUUCAGUCGCCAGGACAGAGAUUAUCAACAAGGUCAAUCUAUGAAUGUAGAAGGGCGUGUAUUCAAAAGAGUCAAACAUUUCAAGUACUUGGGGCACCUACUAACACAAGAUAAUGACAGUUAUCUGAUAAUUGAAGUCAGUGCUAGGAUACAAAAAGGCAACAAAAAUUUUUUUGGUCUUGGAAAUGUACUGAGCUGAAGAACAUUAUCGACUAACCUGAAGAUACAAAUGUACAUGACCCUGAUACGACCCAUAAUACUGUAUGCCGCGGAAUCAUGGUCACUUAGGAAAGCAGAAGAAACCAGAAUAAAAGUAUUGAAAGGAGAAUCCUACGGAAAAUCUACGGCCCAUGCUUCGACACAAAAAUAGGUGAAUGGCGUAAACGUCAUAAUAAAGAACUCGAAGAGAUAUUCCAGAGACCGAACAUCGCGAACGAAAUCAAGAAAAGGAGAUUAACCUGGGCAAGACAUGUAUGGCGGAGAGUAGGAUCCAUAGCCAGAACAAUCGAAGAGAACCCGGUUGGUAAGAGACCCCUCGGAAGACCACGCAUACGUUGGGAAGACUGUGUUAAAAGAGACGCGGAAAGUAUUGAACCAGAGAUACCAUGGAGAGUAGCGGCAGAAAAUAGAGAUAGAUGGAGAGAAAUUUGUUUGGCGGUAUGGUCUCAAUGA